AUGGGAACAAUAGAGGAGGAGGUCUCUGGCGGCAGCCAUGGUGGUAGUGCUUUCAACAACGUAACAAACAACCAUGGUGGUGGUGGUGGCAAGGGACGAAAAACAUUGAAACUAUCACAUACCAACUUCUUGAGCAAACUAUACAAAAUGGUCGAUAAUAAAGCUACCAACUCCAUCAUAUCAUGGGGCUCAUCUUCUAACACCUUCAUCAUCUCCGAUGAAGGACGAUUUAUAUCAGAGAUUCUCCCUUGCUAUUUCCAAAUUAAUCAUCUUGAUAACUUCACUUAUCAACUUAAUAACUAUGGUUUCAAGAAGAAGGAAAGGGGUCACUUAUUGGAGUUCGAGCACGAGUAUUUCCAAGAAGGGAAUCAACUCUUGCUAAAACACAUCAAGAAAAGAAACAAACCACAUAUGGCCACCAACAACAUAUCAACACUUAGUGUUGCCACAAACGAGCUUGAAGCCUUAUUUGCAAAAGUUAGACAUUCUCAAAAACAAAUCAAAAUGAAAAUACAUUGGCUUAAAGAUGAUAUAGCAAAAACUUUCUCCGAGGUCAAAAGUAUUAUUGAAGACAACUCUCAUAAACUGAUAUCAACAUUUUUCGAAGGCCGUAAAAGAAAACUUGUUGAUUUUAACCUUGGAACUGAUUUUGUUGAUAUCGAGAAAGAUUUUGAACUAAUGUAUGGUCAAUGUGAGGCAUCGAUGGCUCAUAUCGAUGGUUUUAUGACCUUGAGUGAUUUGACUGAAAAAAUUACUAAAAAACACAAUGAUAAUAAUAGAGGUAGUGUGGUUGGUGAUGAUCGACAACGUAUACCUCAGUUUUUACAAAAACUGUAUGACAUGGCACAGAAAGAAGAAACCGAUAAUCUUGUUUCAUGGAACCUACCUAAUCGUGAUAGUUUCAUCAUCCGAGAUAUUAAUGAGUUUGCUGCUCAAGUUCUUCCGAUGUAUUUCAGUCAUGCAAAUUUUAGUAGCUUCAAUUCACAACUUAACAUAUAUGGUUUCAGAAAGAUCAGUUGGGAACGUCAUGAAUAUGCGAAUGAAUGGUUUAAAGGAGGAAGAUACGAUUUGUUAGUGAAUAUCAAGAGAAGAGGCAAAAAUCCACUAUUGACUCGCUCAACUAUAAAGUUUUCUUUAACACAAGUAGAAAUGUUUAAGGACCAAUUGAAAGCUAUAGAACAAGAGCAAGAGAAGAAUAUCAUAUGUCUCUCAAACUAUGAAGAACAAAUGAAAAGUUCGGUAUAUGAGUUUAAGGAAAAAGUCAUCAACAUGGCAAACAUUGUCAACAAAAUGAUACUAACAAGCAAUGAUAACCCUGAAAACAUCAAGAAACCUAAAACGAACAUUAAAGACAAAGGUAAAACGGAAGAACAUUAUUUGAAUGUUGAUGAAUGCACGACAUCAAUUGAUAACAAUAAGGCCGAAGCACAAACUUAUUUUUUAGAUCUUAUGGAAGACACUUGGAUUGUAGAAAGAGAAAUGGAGCCAUAUUUAUCUCUUUAUCUUGGAAGAGAGAGUGAGAUAGAAAAAAAAGUUUAA